AAACCCCAAUUAGGGAAGUAAUGAAAUAAUCAAUAAAAUCAACAGCUCAAAACCCUAGCGACGAAUCCGACGAAGCUCAAUAACUUAAAAUCGCCCUCACUGACGAAUCCGGCGAAGCUGCUGCCGGCGAGGGCUCCGCCUCCACUCUUCACGCUGUACUCGUCUCCGCCACCGCCCUCCGCUACAACAAAGCCGCAAUUGUGGUGGUAGGUGCUGCUGUGAGUGAAGAGAAUAUGGCUUGUACCAUCGAUUUUAGGUGCCUGGAUGAGGGCUUCGGAGGCAAAACUUACAAGCGAAAGAGGGCAGAGAAGGAAGCCCCCGGCGAUGUAUCGGAGGAAGAUGAGGCCGCCAUGGAGGUGGAAAAGGAAAACGGCCCCCCUCCGUCGAAAAGGCAGGCAGUCCCUUCUUCUGAGGAUCCGAACAAGGCGGUGGUGGGGAAGGCGACGUACGACGGUGUUAUAGCGGGGAAGGUGUCAGGGAGGAAGUGGAAGCAGGCGCGCACGCACAGGUCGUCAGCGGUGCAGGUGAGCAAGAAGGGGAAGACGCUGGAGCAGAGGGUGAAGGAAAAGGAGAUAAAGAAGGCGUACAAGGAGAGAAUGAAUGAACUGAAGGAGGAGAUAAGGCAGAACAAGAUAGAGAAGAGGCAGAAGAGGGAGGAGAGGGAGAAGAGGAAGAAGGAGAACAUUCUCAAAUCUGGCACCAAGUUCCAGAAGAUCACCAACCCAAAGACUCUUAAGAAAAUUGCCAAGUCUGCCAAGCAUAAGAAGCAACUCAAGGUUGUUUCCGAUGAUCUUCUUAAGGCCGGCAACAAGUAGUAGCAUCUCUUUGCUCCUUUAGGCCUUUACUUGUGCUCCUUAAACCUUCAUUUUCAUUAUAGGUCUCUGAAAAUGGUAUGAUUUUGUUUGCUACCUUUUAUUUCAAUUUCAAUGAUGUAAACUGUGUUUCAAUUCUUCUUCCCUGAUUAUAUAGUACAGGAGUAGUGCCAACAGGACUAGUGUUGAGAAGAGGAUUAUUAUUAGUCAACAAUUUUAAAUAUUUCAAAUGAAGCUCUUUGACAAUUUGUUAUCA